AUGUCUGUCUCAGCAGAGCUCAGUGGUGUCUGCACCAUGGCCUGGACUCUUCUCCUCUUCUUCCUCCUUCAUUGUACAGGGUCUUUCUCCCAGCCUGUGCUGACUCAGUCACCCUCAGCCUCUGCCUCCCUGGGAGCCUCAGUCAAACUCACCUGCACCUUGAGUAGUCAGCACAGCACCAACAACAUUGGUUGGUACCAGCAACAUCCAGACAAGGCUCUUAAGCGUCUGAUGUACCUUUAGAGUGAUGGAAGCCACAGCAAGGAGGAUGGGAUCCCUGACCGCUUCUCUGGCUCCAGCUCUGGGCCUAAUCGCUACUUAAGCAUCUCCAACACCCAGCCUGAAGAUGAAGCUGACUAUUACUGUGGUUCAAAUGAUAGCAAAGGAUGGGUGUUCGGCGAAGGCACCAGAUUGAUUGUCCUAGGUCAACCCAAGUCUACACCUUCAGUCACCCUGUUUCCACCAUCCCCUGAGGAGCUCAAGACUUUCAAAAAGGCCACAUUGUUAUGUCUGAUAACUGACUUUUACCCAGGUGUUUUGACAGUGACCUGGGAGGCAGAUGGUACACCUAUCACCCAGGGUGCAGAGACCAGUAGGCCUACGAGAGUGGGUAGCAAGUACAUGGCUAGCAGCUACCUGAACUUGACAGAAGAAGAAUUGAAAUCUAUAAGCAGGAUCAGCUGUCUGGUCACUCAUGAAGGGGACACUGUGGAGAAGAGCUUGUCACCUACAGUGUGUUUCUAGGCCUUUCAAAGUUCAACAAACCCACAGAGGCUAGGAUUUGAAUCAUGCACAAGUAUACCUUUACUGCUCUUACCUACCAUAGCCCUUCUCCCUGCUCCUGAAACGCACAAUAAAAUGUCCAUUCCCAA